AUUACAACAUUCCCCUGGAGUGAAAUGACUAAACAAGCACUUAUUUCAUUUUCAUGCUAGUGGCAGUAGACCCAGUUAAACCAAUACAACCCAGGCAUAUUUUAGGUGCUUUUUAGUUCUGUGUGGGCAUGUUUUUCUUUUCGCUGGGCUGCAAAGAGCGUUGCUGGAGCUGUACUUAGGGUCCUGAUAGCAAGAGCAGUAACUGAGCUUAAUCUCUGACUGAGACAGGAAGGGCUGCGAGAAACGGGCGAAACUGGGAACAACAUUUUUUUUUUUAAAGAAGUAAAGGAAAUAAAGAAAUCUGCGACUUCGAAAAGCAUGAAUGAACCGCUGAGAAACCGAUGUUAUUUCGGUGCAUCCGCAGAGAAGUGAAAACUAAAACCAAAUAAAUUAGCUGAGCAAGUUAAAAACGAUCGAAAAGGCCGUGCCUCGGGGGGGGGUUAGAAAAAUAAUAUAUAUAUUUUUUAUCAUUUCAAGUGAUUACAUUUGCAUUCCACUGCUAACUUCUCGGUGUUCUCAUGUCAACAUGGACGGCGUCUACGUGUGAAACGCACGGAGAAACUUCUCUUUAAAAAAAAAAAGUAGACCCGAGCUAAAUGACUUGGCGACAGAAAGCAGCACUUUGUAGACGUGAUCGAAGUAGUUGGCAACAAAUAAUGAACAUUAAAUGCAUAUUGUUGUAGUUAGUUAAAAUUUACAAGCGUCUCUCGGGGCCUUAAAAAGGUACGAUAUAUGUGCAGCUGGGUUUUGGAGCUAUUUUAUUGAGGCGGGGAAUAGAGCGAUGAUAUGAACAGUGUGAUUCUCACGUAUUAUUUAAAAUUGUGAUAAUGGCAAGGGUCUGUCAUGUCACCUCGCUUUAGUUUGGAAUAAUCGUGAAAAUGUACGUUUACUCCAAGCCAGCAGCCAUGCGAUCACGUGAAUCUGCACGUUUUCUACGGUGAAUAAACAGGAUCCAAAUGGUUUUUCUAGGUUUCCAAACAUGGGUGACAUGAAGACCCCAGAUUUUGAUGACCUUUUGGCUGCUUUUGACAUCCCUGAUGCCACCAGCUUGGAUGCCAAAGAGGCUAUUCAGGCCAGCCAUGAUGAAGCUGAGGGUCAUUUGAAACCUGCUGGAAUAUGCAUGGACGAGAACAUAUCUGUCCACCAUGCGAUCCCAGCCCCCGACGUCCCUGCGGUCAGUGUGAUUGUGAAGAACACCAGCCGCCAAGAGUCCUUUGAGUCCGGUUCCGAGAAGGACAGUGGUCACCUUGGACACGGCCUGUUACAUAAUGGGUUCCGGAGUUCAGGAACCAUCGCGGAUCCCCACCACAUGGGCCAGAGCAGCUGUGGGAAGUUUGAGCCACCCUUCAUGAACGGGGAUAACCCGAGAGGCUUCUUGGAGAAAGUGGACACCCUCCAGGCUGAAAGGGAGACGUCCUUGUCCCAGUUUAGUCCCAUCUCGAGCCCUGAACCCGAGGAAUCCCAGGAUAACGGAAUCGACGGGAGACCACCACAGGAAGAGAGACCUUAUUUCCCCGCUGCUCCUAUGUUUGUGUCUGCCGAGCGCUCAGUCCUGGACAGUCUGAGAAAGGUCCCGGAGUACAGCAUGUUUGACCAGUGCUCUAAGAGAGAACCAAUGAAUGAGGCUGGAAACUGCUUUGAAAACCAGGAAAACAGCCAAUCGGAGGAGUUUAGGACACCACAGAAAGGGGAAGACGGCAUCAAAGAAAAUGUUAAAAGGGCCAGCUUUCUUGAAAGCCCCCUGUUACCCUUUGAUGAUCUUCACAGCAAUAAUGUUGGUCAGCCAAAGAAUUCUUUUUUCACUGAGACUAGUUUAGGCUCCUCCAUUCCGCCUCGCCAGCGCAUCAAACCAGCCAACUCCAAGCUGUCGUCCUGCCUGGCAGCGCUGGUGGCACUGAACGCCAAAAAAGUUGCAGAGGUUCCAAAAGAGGAGGAGCUGCCCAUAUCCAGAGACCCCUUCGUAUCGGUAAAGGAGCGUGUGAAGGCUAAUCCUAAAGUGCCCAAGUCUCCAAAGAGCCCAAGGAGUCCCCUGGAGGUAGUGAAGCGAUCUAACAAGCAGCCAGACAGUCCGAUGAGUGUCUGCAGUGACAGCAGUGGCAAAGCAUCUCCUUCUCUGGCGGCCGGUUCCCCUCCUGCUAUCCCAAGAGUCAGAAUAAAGACCAUCAAAACCUCUUCUGGGCAAAUCAAGCGAACUGUCACCAGUGUGUUACCCGAUUCGGAGCUGGAAGAGCUCCAGUCUCCCCCUGAAAUGUCCCCAGCCCAGUACAUAGCUGGCGAUGAGUUGACAUCCAGGCCCGCAGCCAGCACACCCCCUUCUCACGGUGUUACCAGUGAGAUUGUUCUUGAAAACGGAAGGAGUAAAACCAACCACAGAAACACACCCCCGGUUUCUGCACCGCCGCCACCUGUGGCAGCUUCAAAGAUCACAUGUGUCAAAUCAGAAGGGACUCCUAACAAGAACGCCACAUCGCACCCUUCAGCGCCCUUUCGGAAAGCCAGCAGUGCCAUCAUGAGGGUUGUGAAUGUCGUCCAGCAGCAGGAGCAAAAACGGCAGAAGCCCGCGAUGGUCCAGGUGGCCAGCGCUGCCAACAGCAGCCUCCUUCCAAAAGCUGUCCACUUGGCCAACCUGAACCUGGUCCCUCACAGUGUUGCUGCCUCGGUCAGUGCGAGAUCCACGACCCCGCGCCAGAGCCCGUCCCAGCUUGCCUCUCCCAUGGUGUGCAGCUCAGUUCCUCUGGUGCACCAGAUCAAAAAAGCUGCCCCUCAGCUUCCACCCUCGGUUGCGCCCAGUGGGGCUGUAGGGACCUUGAACAGACUCUUAAAUGCGGCCAACCCUGUGCCAUCCUACAUUCCUAACCUCUGCCCGCCCCCAGAGUGUAACAUCCGAUUGCCGGCACGGGGCUAUCGCUGCUUGGAGUGUGGGGACUCCUUCGGGCUGGAGAGGAGCCUGGCGUACCACUAUGGCAGGAGAAGCGUGCACAUCGAGGUGGCCUGCAUGCACUGUGCGAAGACCCUGCUGUUCUUUAACAAGUGCAGCUUGCUGGCGCACGCCCGGGAGCACAAGAACAAAGGGAUUGUGAUGCAGUGCACCCAGCUCUUCAUGAGGCCCAUCUCCUCGGACCAGAUGUUCCUGCCCGCUCCCGGCAGCUCCUGCGCCCCCGUAGUCCCCCAGGCCACGCAGCUCGUUGCUGGCUCUGUGGCCCAAGCAAGUCCUACCAAGAGCCAGCCGGUCAUGCCUUUGUACCCAGACAGAAUCAUUCGGCACGGCCUGAGGUGCCUGGACUGCAGCAAGCAGCUUUCCGAUUACCCUUCCCUUGCAGGUCAUUACCAGAGGUCCUCGGAGAACACGGAAGGCCUGACAUGCCAAGUGUGCAUGAUGAUGCUGCCGAACAAGUGCAGCUACAGGGCUCACCAGAGAAUCCACGCACACAAGUCGCCUUACUGCUGCCCCGAGUGUGGGGCUGUGAGCCGCUCGGCAGACUUCCAGAAGCACGUCAAGGAGAACUGCCUUCACUAUGCGCGCAAGUUUGGCUACAAGUGUCUUCACUGUGACGUUAUCUUCAUGUCCUUUUAUGUUCUGAAGUCUCACAUUGAGGAGAAACACUGCGAGGUGUUUUUCAAGUGCUCCAUCUGUCCGAUGGCGUUUAAAUCUCCCGACAGCAGCGUAGUGCACAUUAAGAACAAGCAUGAAACUUCCAAGGCAGCGCCCCAGCUCAUCUACAAAUGUUCCUGCGAAACGGUUUUUAAAAAGAAGAAGUUAUUAUUCCAGCACUUCCAUCAGAACUCCAGUAAGCUGCUUGUUUGUGUGUUCAAGUGCCCAGAGUGCCAGCUGGUCUUCAUACAGAAACAGCUGUUGAUGCAGCAUUUCAAGGUCGUCCACGAUGGGGUGUAUAAAACGGCCGCGGACGAAAGUGUGCACCUCGCGCCGGAGGCUGUUCCGGGGAGCCAGGGAGUCGUGCCGGUGAAUGGGCAGCCGAAGGUCAAUAGCCCCCCUAAACACGCUGCCCCCCCAGCCAGCAAAAAGGAGAGGCCUGCGGCGCAGAAGGCGGCCAGCAAAUUCAGUUUAAAGAAUGCGGGCUGGACCUGUGGGGACUGCUUGCACUGGCUACCUGAUCGAGAGACCUAUGUGUCUCACAUGAAGAAGAGUCACGGAAAGUCAAUGAAGAGGUAUCCCUGCCGGCAGUGUGACAGGUCGUUUAAUUCCUCCACCAGUUUACGACGACACAUUCGCAACGACCACGACGGAAAGAAGAAAAGCUACACCUGCUGGUACUGCACAGAUGAGAAGAGGACGUUCACGAAACACUUCAUGCUGAAGAACCACAUUAGUCUGAUGCAUGGAAUUAAAAACCCAGACUUCAGCCAGAUGUCAAAACUAGCCCCUCCAGACAACAGCCAGAAUAAAAACUCUGCAGAGGCACACGUGGCCAAGAGAACCGCUGAGGCAGCCUUUCCGGGAGGAGCGGGGGACGCCGCCCCGGCUGCCUCUCCCGCCAAGAGACUGAAGCCGCAGUACAGGUGUUCCAAGUGUGGCUACUCCACGGAGGACAGCGCCGACUUCCAGGGGCACAUCCCUCAGCACAAGACGGACGAGAGCACCUCCCAGUGCCUGCGCUGCGGCCUGUGCUUCACCUCCCCGCUCUCCCUCAGCCGGCACCUCUUCAUCGUCCACAAAGUCAAGGAGCCGGACGAGGAGGACGAGGAGGACGAGGGGGACCGGGCGGAGCCGGGGGCGGACAGCAGGGACGCAGGCCCACUGGACGCCGCGGGGGGAGCGGGCGGGCCGCGGUCCGACGACUGCGGCGCGGCCUCCGAGGGCGAAGCUGCGUGUGGCGCUCGCCGGCGGGCUCACGGAACGCCGGUUCGGGCGGAGGAAGCAGGACCCGAACAGUGAGCGAGAGAAGUGGUCGACACAAAAGCUGCUACGAGCUCCACGCCAUGGGGCAAACAAGGACGCUGUAACCGCUGUGUGUCUCUGAGCAGCUUUCACAUUUGGUACUUCAGUUCCCUCCUCUUCUGUGUGGUGUUAUAAGGCCUGAGAACAUGAUGAGACAUGUUUCUGGUGCAUUUGAGCUUUAACCUCAGAGAAAUCCAGGUACAACAAAAUGUAAAAAUUAAGUUAAUGUUCCAAUAAUAAGGCUGAAAUAAUCAUGUCUGCUUAGAAUAUAUAUUUAUAUAUAUUACUCAAUUAUGUAAGUUGAAAUUGAAAAGAGAUUGCAGUUAUUUUUUUACGUUUGCCCAUACCCUAUCCCUAAAGGGCUCUCAAUAACUUUUUUUUUUAAUAUGUAAGCUCUUCGGCACAUUUGUUGUAAAACCUCAAAGUGACAGAAAGUUACAGUGCUUUAAGACCUAUAUCUGGAAAAGAAUAUUGAAACAGUCUCUUUGUGCUUUUCAGACUCCCGCACUCUGACUGAGCAGUAAGACCAAAUGAUAUUCAGUACAACUUAGGUUUUCACACAUCCCCCAUGUUAAGAAUAACUAGCUGGCAGUUUGUAGAGGAGAUACAUUUUCCUGCCCACUCCAUACCAAAACUCCUUUCUUGUAACCAAAGUGGCAUAUUUCCAUGCAGGAUAAAUGUGCAUGAAUUCCAAACUUAUUACUUCUGUUAUAACAUAACAAAUAUAAACUCACGUUUACCACAUAAGGUGUUGAUUGGACAGUGGCUCCUCAAGGUUCUGUGCUGCCAGUGUUUUAGACCAACUAUCUUCAUUUACAUAAAAUUAUGAAUUACAAAUGUGAGAGGAAAUGUUGCUAGUGUACCACUGGUAUUCAUUCAAAUGUGUGGUACAAAUUCACAAGUUUCCAGAUUCAGUCUGCCUGAUAACUUUUUUUAAGGUUUUCUUAUUCAAAGAAAUUAUGACAUUUGUUGAUCAAAUACUUUUUGUGUAGAGGACAAAAAAAAACUGAUCAGGUACAUCAGUGAAUGCGUUGAUGAAUCCAGUUUGGGACUGAGUUUAAAUCGGUUUACAAAAAAGACUGAAAUUGUGUUGAGCUUGAGAUUUUUUAGUCCUGGCAGGAAAUAAGAUGCAACAUUUAAGUAUUGAUGUUUGAAUGCAGGAGAGCGUGAAAGUCACGAUGUGCUUUGGUGAACGAGAACUUUAUAGUCAUUUCUACCUUCAUGAAGCACACUAAGUGCGUGGUGGCAAGAUGUUUUUAGGGGAGGUCAUUGUACUGUAUUGUUGCCAUUUAAAUGAAAAAAGAUUCUCUAAAUAUCCUAUCUCCCAUAUUACUCAAUUUUAUAAAUUACUUUGGAGAUGUAUAUUUAUAGUCAUAUUGACUUUUUUCAUGUGAACUUCCUAUUUAAGUGCUGUAUACCUUGUGCAUUUCUUUCCACAUGUUUCUAAGUGUUCCUUUUUUUUCUCAAAUCCAGAACGCUCCUACUGUUUACUUAAAAGAGGCUAAUUUAAAAUAUUUAUCUUGAUGAAUUGAGAUAAUGCUCUUUCCAAUUUCAGUGUUUUUUUAUAUACAGCCUGUAAAAAGGAACAUUUGUACUUUUUUAUAAUGUGUACAGUAGCUUAGAGAACCUUGUACAGGCAGCCCUGGGAGGAGAGCUGGUCCCAGGUCAUCACGUAUGUAUUUAACCUGCGUUGGCCUCUGUGCCUUGCUGUAUUGUUUACUUCAGAUUACUGCAAAUAAAAAAAACACGUCAGAAAAAAGUGUCCUUUGCAUAAUCUUCUCCCUGUGUGUUUAAAAAGUCUCUUGCUGCCAGAAAGAGCAUUAUUUCAGUGAUUUGGGCGUGUUUUGGAUUUUUCAAUUUUUCAGGCUUCUUCUGAAAUCUAUGCAUGUUUCGUAUUAAAACACGUUUUUUCCAAAGA